AUGCCCAACGAGGAGGGUCUGCUGCAUCUCAAGAACACCUCCCCCGUUGUUUCCAAGCGGUUCCACAAGGUGCUUAUUGCCAACCGCGGAGAAAUCGCCAUGCGUGUUAUGCGUACUGCGCACGAGCUCGGCCUCAAGACGGUCGCAAUCUACGCGUACGAGGACCGCCUCAACAUGCAUCGGUACAAGGCCGACGAGUCGUACCAGAUUGCGCCUGAGGGCAAGUACACGCCUGUCGGCGCAUAUCUGGCGCAGGACGAGAUUGUUGCGAUCGCCAAGGAGCGCAACUGCGACGCCGUGCACCCUGGCUACGGAUUCCUGUCCGAGAACGCCGAGUUUGCGCGCAAGGUCGAGGCAGCCGGCAUGCGGUGGGUUGGUCCGCGUCCCGAGACCAUCGAUGACCUCGGCGACAAGGUCAAGGCGCGUAAUGUGGCUAAUGCCUGCGGCGUGCCGGUCGUUCCGGGUACCGACGGUCCGAUCGAGGAGAUCGAGGAGGCCACCGAGUUCUGCAACAAGUACGGCUUCCCAGUCAUCAUCAAGGCUGCUAUGGGCGGCGGUGGUCGCGGUAUGCGUGUUGUGCGCAAGGCCGAGGAGCUGGCCGAGAGCUUUGAGCGUGCGCGUUCGGAGGCCCUGUCGGCGUUUGGCGACGGCACCGUGUUCAUUGAGCGGUUCCUCGACCGGCCCAAGCACAUUGAGGUGCAGCUGCUCGGAGACGGCAAGGACAACGUGAUCCACCUGUACGAGCGCGACUGCUCCGUGCAGCGGCGGCACCAGAAGGUGGUGGAGAUUGCCCCUGCCCCUACGCUGGAUGAGUCUGUGCGUGACGCCAUCCUGGCCGAUGCCGUCAAGAUUGCCAAGCACGUCAACUACCGCAACGCCGGUACGGCCGAGUUCCUGGUGGACAGCCGCGGACACUACUUCAUUGAGAUCAACCCGCGCAUCCAGGUCGAGCACACUGUGACUGAAGAGGUCACUGGUCUUGACCUGAUCUCGCUGCAGCUGCACAUUGCGGCUGGCUGGUCGCUGAACGAGCUGCACCUGUCCCAGGACCGCGUCAGUGUGCGUGGGUUCGCUAUCCAGUGCCGUGUUACCACCGAGGACCCGGCGCAGGGAUUCCAGCCCGACACUGGCAAGAUCGAGGUGUACCGCUCGCCUGGAGGCAACGGUGUUCGUCUCGACGGAGGCUCGGGUUUCAUGGGCUCGAUCAUCACUCCCCACUACGACUCGCUGCUGGUCAAGCUGACGUGCUCGGGAGCCACGUUCGAGAAGGCGCGCCGCCGCAUGCUCGCUUCGCUGGUCGAGUUCCGCAUCCGCGGAGUCAAGACCAACAUGUGGUUCCUGCAGCAUCUGCUGACCAACGAUGUGUUCAUGAAGGGUGACUGCUGGACCACCUACAUCGACGACACGCCGUCGCUGUUUGCCGUGACCAAGUUCCGCAACCGCGCAACCAAGCUGCUCAACUACCUUGGAGACGUUGUGGCCAACGGCUGCCGCAUCCAGGGCCUUGUGCAGAAGCCCCAGCCGGGCCUGCAGGAGCCGGUGAUCCCCACGCUGUACGACGCGCAGGGCAACGUCAUUGAUGUGACGCAGGAGCCGCCCAAGGGCUGGCGCGACGUGCUGCUGGAGCAGGGCCCCGCGGCGUUUGCGCAGGCUGUGCGCCAGCACAAGGGCGUCCUGAUCAUGGACACCACCUGGCGUGACGCGCACCAGUCGCUGCUGGCGACCCGUCUGCGCACACACGAUAUGGAGCGCAUUGCCAAGACCACCUCGCACGCGCUGUCCAACGCUUUUGCGCUCGAGAUGUGGGGCGGUGCCACCUUCGACGUGGCGAUGCGGUUCCUGCACGAGGACCCCUGGGACCGCCUGGACCGCCUGCGCAAGCUUGUGCCCAACAUCCCGUUCCAGAUGCUGCUGCGCGGCGCCAAUGCCGUCGGCUACACGUCGUACCCGGACAACGUCGUGUACGAGUUCUGCAAGCAGGCGCGCAACCAUGGUGUCGAUGUGUUCCGUGUCUUCGACUCGCUCAACUACGUCGAGAACCUGAGGCUCGGCAUUGAGGCCGUGCGCCAGGCCAAUGGUGUCAUCGAGGCUACAGUCUGCUACACUGGCGACGUGACCAACCCGGCCAAGCACCCCAAGUACACGCUCGAGUACUACCUCGACCUCGUCGACGAGCUGGUGGCCCUGGACAUCCACGUCCUUGGCAUCAAGGACAUGGCUGGCCUGCUCAAGCCGCGUGCUGCCACCAUGCUGAUCGGCGCCAUCCGUGCGCGUCACCCGAACCUCCCGAUCCACGUGCACAUGCACGAUACGGCUGGAGCCGGUGUGGCCGCGCUGAUGGCCGCUGCCGAGGCUGGCGCCGAUAUUGUCGAUCUCGCCGUCGACAGCAUGUCGGGCACCACCUCGCAGCCAUGCAUGGGCGCCUUCGUGUCGGCGCUCGAGGAGACCGAGAGCGACACCGGCGUGUCGUUUGAGGCUGUGCAGGCGCUGAACUCGUACUGGGAGCAGACCCGCCUGCUGUACUCGUGCUUCGACCCUGGAGUCAAGGCGUCAGACACCUCGGUGUACCUGCACGAGAUGCCUGGCGGCCAGUACACCAACCUGCUGUUCCAGGCCCAGUCGCUGGGCCUGGGCACGCGCUGGGGUGAGGUCAAGCUGGCGUAUGCCGAGGCCAACCGCAUCUGCGGUGACCUGGUCAAGGUCACGCCCAGCAGCAAGGUCGUCGGCGACUUUGCGCAGUUCAUGGUGUCUAACCAUCUGACCGGCGACGAGGUUGCUGAGCGCGCUGCCACGCUGUCAUUCCCCAAGUCGGUGGUCGAGUUCUUCCAGGGCUACCUGGGCCAGCCCGUGGGCGGCUUCCCCGAGGAGCUGCGUGCUGCCAUUAUCCGCGACGCGCCGAGAAUCGACACCCGUCCUGGCGCCACCAUGGAGCCGCUGGACUUUGACCAGCUGCGCCGCGACCUUGAGGACAAGUGGGGCCCUGGCUCCAUCCGCGACGUCGACCUUGUCUCGGCUGCCCUGUAUCCGGCUGUCUUUGACGAGUUCCAGUCGCAGCGCCAAAAGUUCGGCGACCUGUCGCUGAUCCCCACGCCGCUGUUCCUGACACCCCUCGAGACCAACCAGGAGAUCCAGGUCCAGCUCGAGGUCGGCAAGACCCUCAUCAUCCGCUACAUUGCCCUUGGCCCGCUGCAGACCGCCACUGCCAAGCGCGACGUGUACUUUGAGAUCAACGGCGAGCCGCGCAUCGUCACUGUCGACGACCUGUCGGUUCAGCCCGAGGUCAAGGCCCGCGUCCGCGCCGACCCCAAGCAGAAGAACCAGCUCGGCGCCCCCAUGAGCGGCGCUGUCGUCGAGAUCAAGGUCGCUGUUGGCGACAAGGUCAAGGCCGGCCAGCCCGUGUGUGUGCUCAGCGCCAUGAAGAUGGAGACUGUUGUCGGUGCCCCGGCAGACGGUGUCAUCGAGAACCUCGACAUUGCCAUCAACGACGCCCUGAGCGCUGGCGAUCUGAUCUGCUCUGUCAAGACCGACUAG